GCAAUCAAUAACCGCAUUGGUUUCAAUCGGCUCUACGAGCUCAAUGCCAGAGGUCGUUAAAGUUUUGACCGUUGACGCCUGCAUAUCGAUCAACAGCGACCGCGGUUCGCGGUCACGCCGGCCGAUCGGGGAGCUGGCGGUAUCGAGCGUGGCUGGCGUGAGCGUGUGAAACUAAAGAGUUCGCGGAACUCGGGGUCCCCUGAUUCAUUUCGAUAUGGCGUACCCACGUUCCGACGCGGGCUGGUUUUAUGGCAACGUGAUUGCGCCGCGAAGGGGCAUUCACGACAUCUGGACGUCCGAAAGUCACAUCAAGGACCUCCAGCGUCGGCGUCAGCUUCUCCAGCGGUUCCGGCAGGCGGCCCACAUGUGCCGCCUCAAAUCUCGGGAGAAAGAGCCUCUGGCCAAGCUGAAGGAACUGUUCGCCGAGUCCACGACAGGCAUCGACCGGCUCGUGAUCAUCGAGAACCGAUGGCGCUUCUGGAUUUUCUGCACCGUCUACGUGGUCUUCCUUGUCCUCACCAUUUUCAGCAUCGGCAAAACACUCCAAAACCACUUUGAGUACCGAGAUAUCGUGUCGAUAUCCAUGUCGGAAGGCGCCACCCUGAUUCUGCCUGCCGUGACAUUCUGCAACCUGAAUCCGAUGAAGGCUUCGGUCUUCUGUGCGACCCAGCAAGAGGAAUCCCCUUACAAGGAGCUUUGCGAGCAGAAGGGUCCUAUGGACGCCGACGCGGCCAGAAACUUCACGAGAGACAUACUGUACCCGUACCUGAACCGUGCGCGGUACCUCAACGACACUCUGAACUCGCUGGUGCACACUAAACAAGACAUGGUGCUCAAUUGCACCGUGAAAGGAGACAACUGCCUGGACGACGGCUGGUACGACGCUGAGUUAAAUGAAAGGUUUGGCGUCUGCUACUGCAUCUUCUGCAAGAAGUACAACGCCACCAAGAUCUCGUACUCCGCCAGCAACCUUCCAGUGGACGGGCUGACUCUGGUAAUGGACAUUGAGAAGGACGAGUACCUUCGCUCCAGUCUGGAGAUGGGCAUGAUCGUGAUGGUGCACAGGCGCGGCGUGCGGCCAGAUCCCAACGAGGACGGCAUGUACCUGGCGCCGUACAUGACCACCUACAUUGGCAUCGAGAUGCGGAUGAUGGAGAGACUGCCAGCACCUUACAAGGACCGCUGCGUCAAGGAGUGGCCAGAGAUGUGGAGAGCCUACUUGGGACCUGACAAUACCUACUUCCAACAGUUGUGCUUCAUGAUGUGCUCCCAACGCGCCAUCGAGCAGGACUGUGGCUGCGUGAGCGAAGAGCUACCGCCAUUUCCAAAUAUGACUGCGGACCAGUGCAAAUCAACCAAACAAAAAAACUGCUCCAGCACGAUCCUCACCGAUUCAUCGUACCGCAGCCUCAAAAGAUGCGACUGUCCUCUCAAGUGCAGCCAGGAAAUUUACAAGACAUCCAUUUCGCGCACUGGAUGGGCUCAAAGACUGCGACCUGGGGAAAAUAAAAACGAGCUGCAUGACAGGGCCCUCGUAAAAGUGGUCAUAUACCUGGAGUCAAUAAUUGUGGAAAACAUCACCAAGGUUCCGGAGCUAAGUGACGCCACAACCCUGAGCAAUGUUGGCGGAUUCAUGGGGAUGUAUUUGGGACUCUCGUUCCUGGUCAUCUUCGAGAUUCUGGAGAUCUUCGUACGGUGGUUCAUCUACCUCUACAGGCGACGACGACGGGCCAAGGCGACGGGGGGAAAGUCGGACGUUGUUCGACUACAGAAACCCACUGCCCGAGAGCUAAAGCUCAAGAGCAUGAAAGCAAGGCCCAAGCAGGAGCUCGAUUCGGUUCCCAUAUGGCACAUAAUGCGUCAGAGCACAGUUAACCCCGCUUUCACGGCGGCGGAGCGUCGGAAGGUAGUUCGGUAUGGCUACUUUGAUUCCUCGAACUGGAGAAGUGCGUACGACGAGAAGGUUGGGCCCUUCAACCCUGUCCACUUUCACCGCAGCCUGGCUCCAGUUAGCAUUUUCCACUGAAGCGUCGAAUGGCUGGAGAACACCUGUGGAAGCAGGCUGCAGGGCGCUGGACAUCCGUUCAUUGAAAAAGUUAAUGUCUAUUGAGUUGCUGACAUUGGGGAUGUCGGUGCUGUGUGCACUUGUCAGUUACUUCCGUGCAGUAUGCAUAUCUUGGAGACUGACUAACCGUGGACCAACAGCAUUCCAUACUAUUUUUUUUUUUGGUGCAUCGCUACACUUGUUUUGGUUUUCGGUGCCCACUCCUGUUAUCCUUACGAGUUGCUUAAAGGGCACAACAAAUAAAAAAAAAAAAAAAAAUUGCGUGGGAUGUUGCUAAUAAAUACUCGCAGAAAAUACCAAUGGCCUACAGAUAUGUAUAUCAAGAAAACAUCAUAGAAUGAGGAAUGCUGGCCAUCAUAACAGCAGCAGUUUACUCAAGU